GACUGCAGCUUAGGACAUCUCCUCAGAAUUAUCUUUGAAAAUGACCAGUUCAUGGAUAAGCUUGUAAAGACUUAUAUCCAAUCUCAAGACAAGGAUUUAAAUAUUGUAACCUGUCGCCUUCUUCUAGACGUAAUGCCUGGAUUAGAGACAUCAAUCAUUUUUCAUGAAACUGAUAACUUGGUUUCUACUUUCCUGCAAUGGGCUCGUACUGCAGAUGAACCGUUGCGGUCAUAUGCCACUGGCUUCCUGGCAGCAGCAAUGGAGGACACUGAAAUGGCUGGUAAUUUCAAAGAUGAGAAUGCUCAGAUGGUUCAAUUGAUGCUGGGACGUUUACAAACACUCGCAAAAGAAAAUGAAUCGGCUCCAAAUAUACGAGCAUUCAGACAUGUGAACGUGUUGAAAGAGAGCGUGAAUGGACCAAUGGUAAAACGUCCGGAAAUCCAAUCAGUGGAUUACACAGAAAAAAAAGAUUCUUUAAGAAAUGACUCUGAAACGGACACUAGUAUAGUCAAAGUACGAUCCAGAAGGUUAAGCAUCGAGGAGGUGUCUGAGAUUUUUGGUGUCGAUAAAGAAUGUAGCAACAGCAGCUGGGCUGAAGCUUCGACGUACGUUAUUGGUUCGCAUUGUAUAUGGCCGCUGAACAACGUGAUGCAGCAGAGGUUUAUUCUACAGUAUCUGACACCAUUGGGGGAGUACCAAGAGUUGCUUGGUGUUGCUAUUGAGAAUGAUGUCAUGGGAAUAAUAUUUCAUUAUUUGAAUCUUGAGAAGACUAAGGAUGUCCGCCUGACUCUAGAAGGCCUGAAGUACUUAGCAUCUCUUCUAUGCCAUAAGAAGUUUGCAUCCGAGUUUAUUGAGUCUGGAGGAGUCCAGUGCCUACUGAACGUGCCACGGCCCUCGGUGGCAGCCACUGGUGUCGCAAUGUGCAUUUACUACUUGGCGUACAACUCGGACGCUAUGGAACGGAUAUGCCUACUACCGAGCCCGGUGUUAUCGGAUCUGACCAGUUAUGGAUUGUGGUUGUUGGAAUGCUCCCAUGAGUCUGGUCGUUGCCAUGCAACAAUGUUCUUUAUGCUCAGCUUCCAUUUUCGUGCCGUGCUUGAUCUGUUCGAUGACAAGGACGGUCUACGCAAGCUUUUCAAUACCAUGAGUACACUAGAUAUUCUGAACCUAGAUGACCAAGGAAUGUUGCUUAACGAUGACCAGUUGUUCGGUAAUUACCAGACAGUUAAGCACACAUGUUCAGCGAUUAAGCGUUACUUUGAGGCUCACCUGGCACUACGUGUGGACUCAAUAAAACGUGCAUCUACACGCCUCAAUCAGGACAUGGCUCAACUCGACGCCAUUCCUCCCUACAAGCCACUGACCUUGUCCCCAGAAGCAACAAUGGAGAAUUUAAGUAUAAUGCUUGAAAAUGCGUCUCGUCGUAAGUGGAGUCCAAUUUGUGAGCUUCAGCGACUACAAGGGAUACAGCUGGUUCUGCAGGUGGUUGCCUUAUGCAGCGAUUGGAAGAAAUACAGUGCCAGAGGAGAAGUCGUGAAAGCUGCCAUGGAUAUUCUUGCUGUGGCAUCGCUGACUUCUACUGGACAGCAAGAAUUGUGUAAGCAGGUAGAAUUACCAGAGAACACAUCUACAGUAGGCCUAAACAUCAUCAUUGGAAUAGCAGAUGGCGAGAUCAUCAGCGACACAGAGGCCCAGAAGGCUGCUCUCCAGGUCAUUAUCAACUGUGUAUGUGGACCAGAAAAGAGGCUUGGGAGUUCUUUUGGAAAAUUCGUCGGCGGCACCCGGAAAGUUAAGGAAAGCACUGGAAGCAGUAACAAUAAUUACAUGGCCAAAUUAUGGGACUGUGUCCGGACAAAUAAUGGAAUCAAGACACUUCUCUCACUGUUAAUGGUUAAGGGACCAAUCACAGACGCUGACAGCAUACGUGCACUCGCGUGCAGGGCACUAUGUGGACUCGCACGUAGUGACACUGUUCGCCAGAUUAUUAGUAAACUUCCACUUUUCUCUGCAGGCCAGUUGCAAUCGCUAAUGAGAGAGCCAGUGUUGCAUGAGAAGCGAGCGGAGCACCUCCAGUUCUGCAAGUUUGCAUCUGAGCUUAUUGAGCGUGUGACUGGCAAGUCCCUGUCGGUAGGUUCUGAUGUUACACUAGCCAGGCUCCAUAAGGCAAACAUUGUUCAGCAGACAAGAAUCAGAUACGACCAGCAAGAGCUACUCCAACUUAUCCAUUCCCACCUUCAGGCACAAGGAUUAACACAGACUGCUGCAGUGUUAAGCCAGGAGGCUAGCCUACCAGUACAGCACACAACCUCAAGGACAAUAAGCCCACCUCCAGCAUUCCCACCUCAUAGAGUAGUAAUCCCGAAGAGUCCAGCAAAUCAUAUCUCACCAAUCAAAGCACAUGCAUCGCGGUCAAUACAGUCGCCAAAACCAAGUCAAUCAGGAACUAAUGGUCAGCCGUCCAAGCAAACUCCAGUUAGCUGUCAACCAAAGAAAAUUGUUUUCUCUUCUACAUCCAACACUCCAAAGACUUCAAAGAGACGCAUAUGCUGUGAAAAGAGUCAAAAUUCCAGUAUGAUAAUAAACCAUACACCGAGACAGAGGAAACGACACAUUAGCUCAGGUCCAACAUUAGAUUCUAUUGUUUCUAAUUACCUACAAGAACAGCACGCCAACUGUCGAAACCCAGUGGUUGUUUGUCCAGCCUUUUCCCUCCUUGAACCACACAAAUGCCCAGAGCCUCGCUUCAGACUACACGCUCCACUGAACAUCACAGCGAGAAUGAGCAGACGAUCAUAUUUUCCAAGGCAUGGAGGAGUGGAUGGAGACAGAUGCACAAGGCACUUUAUACAUAGCAGAUUCCGUGCAAUGCAGACAUUGAAGGACUCUGAGGAAGAUGGCUGUUUCACUUGCUGCAUGUUUGGCAAAAAGGACAAUAUGGACUGUCUGUAUACCGGCAACUAUUCAGGUGAUAUCAAGAUAUUUAAUGCAAUUACUGGAGCUGAAGAAUCUGUACACAUGUGUCAGGAUUCGCCAAUUGUACACUGCCAGCCAAGCAAGAAUGGUAAACUGUUACUAACGUGUUCUUCCUGGGACCAGCCAUUAUCCAAAUUGUGGAGCGUUGGAUCCGAGUUGGAAAUAGCUCAUACGUUUGAUAAUGAUCAGUACGUGGAGUUCAACAAAAUUUGCCAAGACCGUAUUAUAGGAACCAAAGACGACACUGCUCAUAUAUAUGAUACAGAGACCGGCCAGAAGAUAUUAACAUUAUAUGCUUCCGAGUUAAGCAAUCACUACACGAAGAACUCUGCCACAUUUGACCCCACAGACGAACUUGUUCUGAAUGAUGGUGUAUUGUGGGAUGUGCGUUCUGCAAGAACAAUCUACAAGUUUGACAAGUUCAAUCAACACAUCAGUGGUCAGUUCCAUCCAACAGGGCUGGAAAUCAUCAUUAACUCGGAAAUUUGGGAUUUACGAACAUUUCAUCUGCUACACACAGUUCCUGCAUUAGACCAGUGCUAUAUAGUUUUCAACAAUAAAGGAGAUGUUAUUUAUGGUGCUAUGUUACAGCAUGAUAACGACGACGAUCCUUUGGGGCAGCAAGCAAUGCAUAGUCCAUUUGGAAGCUCAUUCCGAACGUUUGAUUCAACAAAUUAUAAGCCAAUAGCAACAAUAGAUGUAAAGAAGAAUAUUUUUGACCUGUCAGUUGACCCCACUGACACGAUGCUGGCUGUAAUUGAGCAUCAAGGCAGUAUGGAGAACCUAGAUGUUGGGAGUUUCUGUCACCUGUAUGAGAUUGGACGGAGCAAACUCAGUGAAGAAGACGACGAUGACACUGAACAGGACGAAGAUGACGACGACGAUGACGACGAUGAUGAAGAUGAUGAGGAGGAUGAUGACGACGACGACGAUGAUGAUAAUGACGACGAUGAUGGGGAUAGUGAUGACAGCGUAGAAGUGAUGUCCAACAACAGCGACAAUGAUCUGAUGAUAGAUGAUGAGAACAUGGAUGUUCUACUUGGUCUUGAUGAUGACGACGAGGAGGAUUUUGAUCCCGAAUAUGGAAGUGGUGAUUCUGAUGAUCUGUUAUAUUCACUUAUUUGAGCUGAAGCCUUUGUUCUAACAGUUUUAUAGGUCUACAGCCGGCCGCAUUCUUCUUUAACAGAAAAAUGGCUGGUUCCCUCGAGACUGCAAUUAAAUGAUGCAUGCCAUAUGGAUUGGUCUGAACAACAAUCCGCUCUAAUUGCCGCCGGCAACCAGAAGAUAGAAAUGCAUCAUCAAGCGAUGAUGCGGAGUGGAGAUGGUUUCAGUGGACAGACCACUGGCCGAGGCAGCAUUGGCCCGGAUUAAAAAAAACAAUGCGCAGUAUUUGUAAGAUAAUGUUCAGGCAGGUUUUAUGUGAAUAAAAUGUAAGAAAACGCUAUAUACCAUGUACCAAUGGUUUCAAUGACAUUGUUAUUGAUGAAAUGAUUGUUUAUCUUUAUUGAUGAACUGGUAUGUGAUAAAAUUGUAUUAUAGCAGGGUGGACAAUAAAGAGGUUGGUGGAAAGUUAUUAUUGAUAGUAAAAUACAGUAUUGGCAAAUAUAUGUUAUUACAUAGACCUUCUUACCGUAAGCCAUACCAGAAAACUAUUAAAAUUUCGCCCAAUAUAUUUACUUCUCUUCAAA